AAGCGCUCACUUCUCGCACUUUCAUCUCACGUGUGUUUAUGCGCCGAAUUACGUAUUCGGCACAUAAAGGAACGAAAUCACUAGUACUUCUGGUUUAGUAAUAUUGAAAUAAAGUACAUAUGUAUGAAUAUCCACAUGCAGUGCCGUAUCCUUAGACCACAAAAAUUAGCUGAACCUACUAUUUUGGCGGAUUUUAAAAUGGCUGCUACGUGUAGGAUACUUCAUCGCGGUAUAUCAACGACGUGUGUUUGCUACGGGAAAAGAAACUUUCGUAAGUUUCAACUGUACAACAAGCGCGGUUCUCGACUUUUCAAGGAAGCACAAGCAAAAAAUCCAAAUCCAGACAUCCCGAUAUAUACUAGAGGAGUAAAGCCUACGGGAUAUCAAGAUGGGGAUCAGUAUGUUACCAUACCUGAAAUGAUACCCGAACUUGUAGUACCAUCUUUAGAAGACUUCGCGUUAAAGCCAUAUGUCUCGUAUGCCGCUAAGGAAGUGGUGCAGGAAGAGUUUACUCCCGAAGACUUAUUCAACGUAGUGUAUGCACCAAAAAUUAUCAAGGAUUAUGAGAAAGAUCAGUUGGGUCCAAAUGGGGAACCAUUGAAUCCAAGCGACGCCGAACGGCUUACAUCAUCCGAAGCUAAAAAGCUUGCUAGUAGGACAGGUUCGGAUAUCUUCUGAGCUCGUUAAGCACAACGUAUUCAUCGACGAAUCAAUCGUUAAUGGUUCUAGCGAUGUUUCCAUAGUACAAACGAUGUCCAACGGGAAAUACAUAGUUUCUCAAAAUUAUGUUUUAGACCUUAAUAUGUAUAAUCUUUAAUUAAGUAUACGUAUGAAUAAAUACAGGAGCAUCGUUUGUUAA